CUUAGACAUGCAGAACGCAUACGAGACGACGUGUAUAUAAUCUACCGACAGCGAAUGGCGGAAUUCAGUCAGCUCGUCAGCACGACCGGUCAACUGCCAUCGUAUAACGAUGAAGGUACUCGUCAGUAUCGUUUUCCUGGCCACAGUGGUCCUCGCCGAGCCACCGAGAAACCGCCAGCAAUAUCAGCAACAGAGACAGUAUUACUUCGCUCGGCAACAGGAGGAGGCUGCUGCACCUUACCUCGCGUCUGGCUGGAAACCAGCUGGACCCGCUUUUGAUCUUCCUCAAAGACAGUUUCAGCAAUACGAAGCACCAAGCGCGCCUCAGCAGCAAUACGGAGCACCAAGCACGCCUCAGCAACAGUACGGAGCACCAAGCGCGCCUCAGCAACAGUACGGAGCACCGAGCGCGCCGCAGCAACAGUACGGAGCACCAAGCGCGCCUCAGCAGCAAUACGGAGCACCAGGCGCGCCCCAGCAACAGUAUAGAACAUUAAACGCACCUCAGCAACAAUACGUGGCGCCAAGCGCGUCUCAGCAACAAUAUAGAACACCAAGCGCGUCUCAGCAGCAAUAUAGAACAUCAGGCGCGUCUCAGCAGCAAUACGUGGCACCAAGCGCGUCUCAGCAACAAUACGUAGCACCAAGCGCGCCUCAACGACAAUAUGGAACACCAAGCGCGCCUCAGCAACAGUACGGGGCACCAAAUGCGCCUCGGCAAUACGGAGCACCAUCCUCAACGGAUCCUCAACGAGAAUACGGGGAACCGGAAGAGUCUACAACGACUGAGAUUCCUAGUACUACCGAAGAGGAGGAAGUAUCUACCGUUCAAGGCAUAACUGAGUCUGAGUCCGAGCCCGUGAAUGCGGUAAACGAACUUGAGGACGAGGAGGUGGAUGAGAAGCAGCCUCAGCAAUCCGGAGAGUACUACGUGGCGCUUCCCGACGGUCGCCUGCAGCGCGUGCGGUACAUCAGCCGUCAGGACGCCGAGGCCAUGAAGUACUUCGCCAAGAUCCGCGCCGAGAACGUGGAGCCUCUUCGCGGCCCGAUCUACGCGUACGCACCCCUGCAGAAGCUGCAGAUUCUGCCAGCCGGCCUGCAAUUGUCCGCCGCCCCGGUCGCCGCAGUCGCACCCGCGGACACCAAGCCGCAGAAACUCGAGAUCGAGCCUGUGGCCGCGCAGGUGCAGUACCAGUACGACAACCCCUCGAGCGUGAUACCCCUGGCCAACCCCCUGAGCUCCACUUACACCGCCUACGCGGCAAAUUAUCAGGCACCGGCAGCCGAUUCCAGAUACGUUCUCACCAUCCAGUAAAUCAAACGCGACAAUCCGAUACUACGACGUGACGACCCUUGUAAAUUGUAUUGUACAUGCUGCAUAGAUUGUGUACUGACAAUUAGGCUAAGCUGACGACGCAAUAAAGUUGAUGGUAACGAAACGUUUCGCUUAAGUCACACGUCAUCUUAAA